CGUUAGCCAACCACACCUCGGGAAAUCAAACCGACCGACCAAUCCCCUUAAAGAAGAACGGCGGGACUUCCUGUACGUGACGCAAAUUUUACAGUCUAGCCUGGAAGCCCCACCUUUUGUGUUUCCCGCACCGUCAAUCAAAAUAGAAAAAACCGACUCGAAUCACCGAUCGCAGCCCGCCUUUGAUUAAAAUAAUCAUGUUUGGCGUUUAAAUAAACCGAGAAUCUCUCGAUUUAAAAGAUUCACGCUAUGACUGGUACGUAACAUUUAACCCGAUUCAAGCAUACCACCACCGCCCCCGAACAGCCUGUGAAACAAGAGGAAAUGGCUGCCUUAGACGUGGACAGCAGUCAAAGCGACUAUCUACAGCAAGUAAGCGGCGGCGGAGAUCAGGACACUCCGUCACCGCUCGCUCUGCUGGCAGCUACCUGCAGCAAGAUCGGGUCUCCCUCGGCAGAGGAGGAUAACGGUGCUACCGCUGGCGUGACCACAGACCUCACAUCCAUACAGUUAACAGGGACGUCAGACAGAUGGGAGGUACUGGCUCCCACGGCAACGAUAAAGGAGGAGCCGGGCAUCGUGCAUAUUCCCAACGCCGGGAUCGUGACGUCGAACGGACAGUACGUGCUUCCCCUCCAGAACCUCCAGAGCCAGUCGAUUUUCGUCACCUCGGGGACCGACGCGGCCGCCAACGCAGUGCCUAACAUCCAGUACCAGGUGAUCCCGCAGAUCCAGACGGCGGACGGCCAGCUGGGCUUCCCGGCAUCCACCGUGGAUGGGGCCACCCUGAGCCAGGACGCCUCGGGGCAGAUCCAGAUCCUGCAGGACGCAGGCCAGGGCCUGGGUGCCGCGACGGGGGCUGCCUCCGCUGACCUCCUCACCAACACGCAGAACCUCAUAUCACAGACUGGCCACGUCCAGCAGAUCCAAGGACUGCCCAUUGGCAGCUCCGCGUACAGCAGCCAGGGACAGGUUGUUACUAACGUGCCUGUCGGGCUGCCGGGGAACAUCACCUUCGUACCCAUAAACAGCGUGGACUUGGACUCCCUGGGGCUGUCGGGGGCGCAGACGAUAGCCACGGGGGUCACCCCCGACGGGCAGCUGAUCAUGACCGGCCAGCCGCUGGGCGGUGCGGAGGGCGGCGACAAGACGGGGGAUCAGAUCACGCAAGCGCUGUCUGCAGGCGGCGACUCCGGCAGCCACCAGGACAUGUACGCGCAGGCGACCUCGUCCUCCCAGCUGCCCGAGACGAUAGACGGCACGGGGGUGCUGACGCAGGCCGCCAUGGGCGACCAGGCCGACCCGGCGGGCCUCCCCGAGGGCUACGCCCAGCAGAACCAGGCCCAGGCAGGGGCCUCAGCGCAGCCCGUGGUGCAGCUGCAGCAAGUGGCGGCACACGGGGGCGAGGCGGGGGCUCAGGGCCUCCCCAGCCAGCAGAUCCAGGCCGCGGGGCAGACGCUGCAGAACCUGCAGCUCAUCAACCCCGGGACCUUCCUCAUCCAGGCGCAGACGGUCACGCCCACCGGCCAGAUCCAAUGGCAGACCUUCCAGGUGCAGGGGGUGCAGAACCUACAGAACCUGCAGCUCCCGGGUGCCGGCUCCCAGCAGAUCACCCUGGCGCCGGUGCAGGCCGUGUCCCUCGGCCAGGGCGGGGAGCUGGGCUCCAGCCCCGUCAGCAUCAGCGCCGGCCAGAUCCCCAACCUGCAGACGGUGACGGUGAACUCGGUGGCCCAGACCGGGAUCCAGUUCCAGCAGGCCGAGGACACGGGCAGCCCUGGAGAUAUCCAGAUCAAGGAGGAGCCGGAUUCGGAGGCGUGGCAGCUGGGCUCGGACUCCACCCUGAACCCCAGUGACCUGUCCCACCUGCGUGUGCGGCUGGUGGACGACGAGAUGGAGCCGCACAGCCAGGAGGGCAAGAGACUGCGCAGGGUGGCCUGCACCUGCCCCAACUGCAAGGAGGCCGGCGGCAGAGGGUCCAACAUGGGGAAGAAGAAGCAGCAUAUCUGCCACAUGCCGGGCUGCGGGAAGGUGUACGGGAAGACGUCCCACCUGCGGGCACACCUGCGCUGGCACUCCGGGGAGCGGCCCUUCGUCUGCACCUGGAUGUUCUGCGGGAAGCGGUUCACGCGCAGCGAUGAGCUGCAGCGGCACAGGCGGACACACACGGGGGAGAAGAAGUUCGUUUGCCCGGAAUGUUCCAAGCGCUUCAUGCGCAGCGACCACCUGGCCAAGCACAUCAAGACGCACCAGAACAAGAAGGGCGUGAACUCGAGCGGGGCCGCGCUGGCGGCGGUGGCAGAGGCGGCGGCCGGGUCCUCGGACAGCAUCAUCACGGCGGGCGGCACCACCCUCAUCCUCACCAACAUGGGGACGGUGAACUCGGCCAGCGCGCAGGAGAUCCUGUCCGGCUCCGAAAUCCCUUUACAGCUCGUCACCGUCUCCGCCAGCGAGGUGAUGGAGUGACAGCGGCCGCCCCCGUCACAAGAACCUCUCAGCCUCUCCCCUUUUUCCUUCCCCCUCCCCACCCCCCUUAUUUUUUAUAUAUAUAUAAAUAUAUAUAUUUUAAAAAGAAUUAUCAGUUUAUGUUCAUUAGCAGUCUUUUUACAGAUGGGGCAAAAAAAAACAUUAAAUGUAGUUCCAAUACACACACUGAAAUGCCUUAUUUUGUACAAUAUUCUGUAGUAUACAAUGGUGCAGUUGCAUGUGUUUAUUUUUUUUUUUAAGCUACUGGACACUAUGUAAUUGUUCUGAGGAAAGCGUUCCUGUAAAAAGAAUGAACGGUACAGGAAGGAGGAAUGGGCUUACCGCCGGGACGGUUGUAUAGUAAAUGGACUUGUGGAUGUGUACUUUCAGUGUGGCUAAGGUGCCUCCAAUCCCUCUGAGCAAAACAGGAAAUGACAUCACAGGUCAGUCCAAAACCAGGAAGUGAUGCCGCAUGUCGGUCCACCUUUCUUUCAGGCGCCGUGUUCUUGCUCGAGCCCAAAUGUGUCUUCAUUUAAAAGUUUUGCUUUUCCUCACCUCUAUGUGUGUAUCUGCAGGCUAUUUUUUAUUUAGUCCCUCCUCGAUCAUGCUUAACGUUCAAAUUGGGACUUUUCCAAACUGUCCACUUUGUUUCAUCACCUGUUCUGUCGUGACUCAAGGAAAUUUGCAGGUGGCAAAAAUGAAACAAUCAUGUAACAGAAAAGCUUUGGUAUUGCCAGUUUUUACUCCCUGUGUCUAUCUCAAUGUUCAGUAUGCAUUAUUUGCGAAUCAAGUCUGAGCGAAAAGCUAUUUAUAGUGGGCUUUCCUUAGUAAACAGGUUUUGUUGUACGGGAAGCUAUUCCUUUUUAAUUCCAUUUAAAUAUGUAUAAAUAUUCAAAUGUGUUACUUUUUGUAAAACUGCAUUUUCAGAUGGAUCACAAUUAAAGUCUGAAUCCUUUCUAUGAAAAAGCCAUGCUGAAGGGUUGAGUUGCCAAAAUUUGACUUCAUUCUCAGAGCGACCCCGGUUGCCCAGUAAGGCCAGACCGUUUGGUGGCACAUACUUCCACAGGGCAGUGGUCUAAAGUGGGUUAUGUAGCUAUAGAUUGUCCAAUAUGGCCAAGGACCAAACGCAAUGGGUUCCUGCAGAUGCCAUGUCUGUGUUGUGUCAAGAUGUAAAUUUCAGGGUCUUUUUUUUUUUCUUCUUUUUUUUUUUUUUGCUUUAUGAAGUGAACCCCAAAACUAACACAACUGCCCCCACCCACCUCUACCACCUGGACGACCCUCUAGACUGUGUGACCUCACUCAGAGAAUCGGGGUCCCCAAUUCACUAGAGAGGAAAUCUUUUUAUUACGACUGCCACUAUACUAAUCACCUGCGGUUUGAUAAUGGUCUUUUUGUAUAAACCUCACAUUUUUAUAUAAUGACCAAGUGUGUGUAGGCUAUGCAUUCUUUUUUUUUUUGCUCUGUCAAUAUGUACCUGUCUUUUCUCCUUUUUAAUAUAUUUCCCAGUUUUUUCCUCCCUCUAGAGAAGGGACAAUGACAUUCAUUAUGCAGGUUGUGUAAUGUAAGGUUGAAGUGAAUGAAUUGUGAGUGAUAUACAAUCUUGUUGCUGGCAUUAAUUACUCCAGUGACCAGAAUUUUGAAAAAAACUUUGUUUUCUUUUUGUAAAAAAAAGACAGCAAAGGAACAAUAUUUUAUAUUGUAACAUAAGGCCACGUGAGACACUACCUUGAUGUAAUUGAAAUAUAUUAUACCCCCAGUGGUCAUUAAUAAAACACUAUUUUUACAUUUGAUU